AUAGUACUUCUCAACUGUGUAACAAAAGAAAAAGGAAAAACUCAAGUAGGCCGAAUUGUGCUGUUGACUCAGUAUAAUUUGAAGACGACCCAGAAAUCAUAAUUUAAAAUCGUACAUUUUUGAAUCUCGUGUUUUCAUCUCUAUUUGCUGGGCAGAAAGCCAAAAUACUGGACUGCCUGGUUCAGGGAUGGACGCCUAGCCAACCUGCUGACUUGGAACUCCAGAACCAUGGCAACGAAGGAGUCGGGAGAUGCCAAAGCUCAGUUGAUCCUCUCCUCGUCAGGCAAUCAGAGCAAGGAAGUGCCUGAAAAACCAAACUAUGCUCUCAAGUGUACUCUCGUGGGACAUACGGAAGCGAUAUCAUCAGUUAAGUUUAGUCCUAAUGGAGAAUGGCUAGCAAGUUCUUCUGCUGAUAAGCGAAUCAUAAUUUGGGGAGCAUAUGAUGGAAAAUACGAGAAAACGUUAUAUGGUCAUAAUCUGGAAAUAUCAGAUGUUGCCUGGUCUUCAGAUUCCAGUCGUCUUGUUUCUGCUUCAGAUGAUAAAACUCUGAAGAUAUGGGAUGUGAGGUCCGGAAAAUGUUUGAAAACACUGAAAGGGCACAGUAAUUAUGUCUUUUGCUGUAACUUCAAUCCGCCCUCCAACCUUAUCAUUUCAGGAUCUUUUGAUGAGAGUGUGAAAAUAUGGGAGGUGAAAACAGGAACGUGCCUCAAGACUUUGUCUGGGCAUUCUGACCCAGUUUCUGCUGUUAAUUUUAAUUGUAAUGGGUCCUUGAUAGUAUCAGGUAGCUACGAUGGUCUCUGUAGAAUCUGGGAUGCUGCAUCAGGUCAGUGUUUGAAAACACUUGUUGAUGAUGAUAACCCUCCUGUGUCUUUUGUAAAUUUUUCUCCAAAUGGUAAAUAUAUCCUCACUGCAACUUUGGACAAUACUCUUAAACUGUGGGAUUAUAGCAGAGGCAGAUGCCUGAAGACAUACACUGGUCAUAAGAAUGAGAAAUACUGCAUAUUUGCCAAUUUUUCAGUAACUGGUGGGAAGUGGAUUGUGUCUGGUUCGGAGGAUAACUUGAUUUAUAUUUGGAACCUUCAGACUAAAGAAAUUGUACAAAAAUUACAAGGUCAUACAGAUGUUGUGAUCUCAGCAGCUUGUCAUCCCACAGAAAACAUAAUAGCAUCUGCAGCAUUAGAAAAUGACAAAACAAUUAAACUGUGGCUGAGUAACUACUAAUUCCUUUAGAGAUCAAGUUGUAGAGCCAAACUGGCAAAGAACUUAGAUAUUUUAAAAGAUGGUUUCUUUUAAUUUUAGCAUGAUCUUGUAUUUCAUUUUAAAAUUAUCUUCACCUGUAAGAUUUUGAGACUUCCAACCUACAUUUACAAAAUGAGACAGCUGGAAAAUCACAACUAGAACUUAGAGCUGCUUCUAAUCUUUUUCAUUUAUUUUUUAAAAUUAUUUUUU